CCCCGAGGAUCUGGGCUGGAUUCAGGCGCUAGAGCCAGGAUGCUGCGUGCAGGCCUCAUUAAUGCCGGGGCAGAUCCGGAGCGGUGCAGGGGAGCAGAACUGGGUCGGUUUCCCUCUGACCUGCAUGCCUAGGACCCAGUUAAUAAAUAACAGCGCCACACUGGGGAGCCAGGACAGGGAGUGGGCACUGCCCCAGAACCAGGGCACCCUCCCCCUGGCAUUCCCCAAAGGCAGACCCCAGGCCAGGGGAACAAGGUGCCUGGCCCAGCCUGCCCCGUGCCCGCCCCAUGCCCAGCUGGACGUGAGGUGGAGCCAGGGCACUGCCCUCCUGCCGACUUGUUGGGUUAAAUGCCGGCUCGUCCCGUGCCAGCUCAGUGCUCCUGGCACAGAGCAGCCACCCAGCAUGUCGUGGUUUAGCGGCAUCCUGGUGCCCAAGGUGGACGAGCGGAAGACGGCAUGGGGGGAGCGCAACGGGAAGAAGGGGCAGCGCCCGCGCUCCUCGCUCUGCAGCCCGCGGUACAUGAGCUGCCUGCAGGACCCCGAGCUGGAGCGGGGCACCCACCCGCGGGCCGGCCUGGGCCUGACCUGCUCCUGGCAGGAGGACCACUACAGCAAGAAGGGCCUGGCUGGGGGCGCUGGCGACCUGGGGCUGAAGUCGGUGGACUUGGGCUUUGAGGACGGCGAGGCCAAGGGGCCGAAGGUGGUGGCGGUGGCAGAGGGGGUGGCCAGGCCCGGGGAGCGGCUGUCGGCGGGUGAGUGCUGGCAGCGCCUCCUGCAGGUUUUCCGCUCCAAGCGCUUCCAGUCGGCCAAGCUGGAGCGGCUCUACCAGCGCUACUUCUUCCAGAUGAACCAGAGCAGCCUGACGGUGCUGAUGGGGGUGCUGGUGCUGGUGUGCGGCGUGAUGCUGCUCUUCCACUGCGUGCCCGGCACCCCCCGGGUGCCCUACGCUGCCGCGCUGGCCGUGGCCACCGCCCUCUUCCUGGCACUCAUGGUACUGUGCAGCCGUAGUGCCUUCCCCCAGGACUCCAUGUGGGUGGUGAGCUACCUGGUGCUGGCCGCGCUGGGCGGGGUGCAGGCCCUGGGCACCCUCAUGGCCUCGCCGCGCAGCGCCUCCGAGGGCGUCUGGUGGAGCGUCUUCUUCAUCUACAUCACCUACACCCUGUUGCCCGUCCGCAUGCGGGCCGCCGUGGGGGCGGGCGCCCUGCUCUCCGCCCUGCACCUGCUCAUCACCUGGCACCUCAACGCCAGCGACCCCUUCCUCUGGAAGCAGCUCAGCGCCAACGUCCUGAUCUUCCUCUGCACCAACAUCAUCGGGAUCUGCACCCACUACCCGGCCGAGGUGUCUCAGCGCCAGGCCUUCCAGGAGACCCGUGGCUACAUCCAGGCCCGGCUGCACCUGCAGCGGGAGAACCGGCAGCAGGAGCGCCUCCUGCUGUCGGUGCUGCCCCAGCACGUUGCCAUGGAGAUGAAGGAGGACAUCAACACCAAGAAGGAGGACAUGAUGUUCCACAAGAUCUACAUCCAGAAGCACGACAACGUCAGCAUCCUGUUUGCAGACAUCGAGGGCUUCACCAGCCUGGCCUCCCAGUGCACGGCCCAGGAGCUGGUGAUGACGCUCAACGAGCUGUUUGCGCGCUUCGACAAGCUGGCCUCGGAGAACCACUGUCUGCGGAUCAAGAUCCUCGGUGACUGCUAUUACUGUGUGUCAGGGCUGCCCGAGGCGCGGGGAGACCACGCUCACUGCUGCGUGGAGAUGGGGGUCGACAUGAUCGAAGCCAUCUCGCUGGUGCGCGAGGUGACGGGGGUGAACGUGAACAUGCGGGUGGGCAUCCACAGCGGGCGCGUGCACUGCGGGGUGCUGGGGCUGCGCAAGUGGCAGUUCGACGUCUGGUCCAACGACGUGACCUUGGCCAAUCAGAUGGAAGCCGGAGGCAAAGCUGGGCGCAUCCACAUAACUUGGGCGACGCUGCAGUACCUGAACGGGGACUACGAGGUGGAGCCCGGCCACGGGGGCGAGCGCAAUGCCUACCUCAAGGAGCACAACAUCGAGACCUUCCUCAUCGUGGGCUGCAGCCAGAAGCGCAAGGAGGAGAAGGCCAUCCUGGCCAAGCUGCAGCGGGCGCGGGCCAACUCCACAGAGGGGCUGGUGCCACGCUGGGUGCCCGACCGCACCUUCUCCCGCACCAAGGACUCCAAGGCCUUCCGGCAGAUGGGCAUCGAGGACACCAGCAAAGACAACCGCAGCGCGCAGGAGGCCCUGAACCCCGAGGACGAGGUGGAUGAGUUCCUGGGCCGAGCCAUUGACGCCCGCAGCAUCGACCAGCUGCGCAAGGAUCACGUCAAGAAAUUCCUGCUGACCUUCCAGACGCCGGAGCUGGAGAAGAAGUACUCCAAGAAGGUGGAUGAUCGCUUUGGGGGCUACGUGGCCUGCACGCUGCUCGUCUUCUGCUUCAUCUGCUUUAUCCAGUUUGUGAUGUUCCCACGCUCCCCACUGAUGCUCGGUGUCUACAUCAGCAUCUUCGUCAUCCUGGCCAACAUCCUCUUCGUCUGCGCCGUCUAUUCCUGCAUCAGCCUCUUCCCCGCAGCCCUGCAGCGGGUCUCCCGGAAGAUCGUCCGCUCUCGCACCCACAGCACCUUCAUUGCCGUCUUCACCAUCCUCCUCGUCUUCAUCUCUGCCUUUGUCAACAUGUUCGCCUGCAGCCACGUGCCCCUGCGGGACUGCGCCGCCCGCACCCUCAAUGUCACGCCCGAGGCCGUGGGGCCCUGCCAGCUCCGCACCCUCAACUACUCGCUGGGCUCGGACGCGCCCCCUUGUGACGGGGACGCCCCGGCCUGCAACUUCCCCGAGUACUUUAACUACAGCAUCGUGCUGAGCCUGCUGGCCUGCUCCGUCUUCCUGCACAUCAGCAGCAUCGGGAAGCUGGGGCUCACGCUGGCCAUCGAGGGGCUGUACCUGGUGCUGGCCGAGGGCCCCGAGGCGCCGCUCUUCGACAACUACGACCUGCUGGUCGCGGCCAACGCACUUCCGGCCUUCAACGAGACCCAGUGGGGCCCAGCAUGCCUGGCGGAGGAGAAGGUGGCGCUGAAAUACAUGACCCCCGUGAUUCUGACCGUCUUCGCCCUGGCGCUCUAUCUGCACGCUCAGCGGGUUGAGUCCACAGCCCGGCUUGACUUCCUCUGGAAGCUACAGGCCACGGGCGAGAAGGAGGAGAUGGAGGAGCUCCAGGCCUACAACCGGCGCCUGCUGCACAACAUCCUGCCCAAGGACGUGGCCGCGCACUUCCUGGCGCGCGAGCGCUGCAACGACGAGCUGUACUACCAGUCGUGCGAGUGCGUGGCCGUCAUGUUCGCCUCCAUCAGCAACUUCUCCGAGUUCUACGUGGAGCUGGAGGCCAACAACGAGGGGGUGGAGUGCCUGCGGCUGCUGAACGAGAUCAUCGCCGACUUCGAUGAGAUCAUCAGCGAGACGCAGUACCGACAGCUGGAGAAGAUCAAGACCAUCGGCAGCACCUACAUGGCGGCCUCGGGGCUGAACGACAGCACGUACGACCGGGAGGGCCGGACGCACAUCACCGCGCUGGCCGACUACGCCAUGCGCCUCAUGGAGCAGAUGAAGUACAUCAACGAGCACUCCUUCAACAACUUCCAGAUGAAGAUCGGGCUGAACAUCGGGCCGGUGGUAGCGGGGGUCAUCGGGGCCCGGAAGCCCCAGUACGACAUCUGGGGGAACACUGUGAACGUCUCCAGCCGCAUGGACAGCACAGGGGUCCCUGACCGCAUCCAGGUGACGACCGACCUGUACCAGGUGCUGGCGGCCAAGGGCUACCAGCUGGAGUGCCGGGGGGUCAUCAAGGUCAAGGGCAAAGGGGAGAUGACCACCUACUUUCUGAACGCCGGCCCGCCCCGCAGUUAGCGCCAGCCGCGGCCUUGGGCGAGAAGGACCCAGCGUGCCAGAGGGGCCGGGCGGGGCUGCCGCAGGUUGGGCCUGGGCCAGGCUCAGCCAAGCCAUUGGGAACCACCCAAGCCUGGCUGCUCCCCUCCCUCUCCCCCCGCCCCCCGGCCUCGGGUCCAUUUUAUUUGUGGGGUCUUGUAAACGGCUCCGAAUUUCAACACCAAACUGAAGAGGGAAAGCGGCGCCACCCUGAGCCCACUGGGGGGGUGUCUUUGCCACCAGGUUUGUGCGGCAGGGAGGGGGGGUUUGGAGGCACCCCCUGGGGGUGUUGAAGAAAUAUUUUUACAGCAGACUUUUUAUUUAUUUAUUGAGCUCCGGAGCCAGCCUGUCGGGGGUGCCCAGGGCGCUCUGUGCUGGGGCUGGCCCGGGGCCUCUCUCUCCCUUUCCAGGGACUGACACUGAACUUGGGAAAGAUGAACCCGCCCCUGCCCGCAGUCGACCAAAGCCGAGGGCAGUGGGGGGCGCCCAUUGGCCGGGCAGGGGACCCCGCUGUUGUCUGAGCGCUUGCGCCGGGAGAUCCCUUGGGAGCUGCUUGCUGUGUUUGGGGUGGGAGGAUCGUCCCCCUCCGGUGGGGCUGGGGGCAGACUGGGGGCGGGAGGGGAUUUUAAAUAGAUUUAUAUUUGAGGACUCUCCCCCCUUGGCUCCCGUUGGCCCCCCCCAUCCGCUCGGUGUGACUUUCGCCAGUUCUGAGGCCUAAGCCCGAGGAAGGGUGGGGCUGGGCGGUUCUUAUUUGCCAAAAUUGCCUCCUGUUGCGGGGGGGAGGGAAGAAUGUCUCCUGGGGAGAAGGGGCUCUGUGUGUGUGUGUGGGGGGGGAGUAGCUCUCAAGGGGUGGGGGCCUGCAGGUGUCUUAUGGGGGGGGCAGGGAGCGACUCUCGGAGACAGGUGACGCCAAAGAGGAUGUGUCUGUGGGUCCAUGGGGCUGCGGCAGCGCUGGGGGCAGGAGCUGAGCCCCCCCAGCCUCAGGCACCAACCCCCCCGCCCCCGCUGUAUCCAGUGAGGCUGGGGUGGGGGUAUGUGUCUGAGAGUAAAUCUUGCUGCCUGCUCCCAGCCUGUUUGGG